AUGCAGCCACGAACACGCCCCAUUCAGCGGGUCGCGGCCGCCACAUCGCAGUGCACUGCUGAGGCCGCCGUCUAUGGCAAAUGCAUUGUUGCCGACUACAACGCGGUGCACAAGGACAAAUGUGCCGCCGAGUUUAUGAAGCUGAAGGACUGCUACCUGGUGAGUUCCGGCUGCGUUAGCUUCGCUAGGCCUUGCUGCGUGUUGGAGAGUUGCUGA